AUGUGGUUAGAAGUCGUCUACUUCAGUCGUUUGCUAUCUUCACGAUUGACAAUGCCAUCGGAAGCUUCGCCGCCUCCGGAAACGACGCCGACCUCCGGUUGCAGGGGACCUGGACCUUCUUCAAAAUGUAAUCAUGUUGCAGCACUGUAUGAUGAUAAAUUGCUUCUUGUGUUUGGAAGAACUUCAAAGUCUAAAUAUUUGAAUGAUUUGUACUCACUUGACUUUGAGACGAUGAUGUGGUCAAGAAUCAAAUGGUACAUUGUAGGAAGUGGCAGCAGAAAAAAACAAAGCACGAUACAAGAGGCUAAGUCAAAGAAAGAUACUCUUAAAGCACAUGCACAGUCAGCAAAAACUGCAACAAAAGUAAGUGAAAUGUUGGUGAAUGUGAAUACAAGUAGUGCUCUUUCAGCAUUUGAGAAGAUGGAAGAAAAAGUUAUGAGCAUGGAGUCUCGAGCAGAGACGCUUAAUCAACUACCAAGUGAUGAUCUUGAAGGAAAGUUUCAGUAUCAUCUUCAAGAUUCCCAAUUUUCUCCUUACCUCCGACAACAUCAAAAAGGAUUCGAGAAUAUGCCCACAAAACGUCAAGAUGAAGAUCAACAAACACACAACAUCUCCCCAUCAACAGCGUAUUCACAACCUUGGUGGCAUGGAAUUGGAAAUGGCGUGAUGUCUUCUUUUGGUGAAACAAAUGGUGUUAUCAAGUUCGGAGAUAAAUUACAAACCACUAGUGAUGAUGUUGUUGAAGAUACAGAUUCCCCCACUGGAAUCAACAUUUCAGGAUUGAACAUCAACAAUUGCCAAGAACAGGAACAAGUCAAACAAGUUGAAACGAGUUCACUAAUGGAAAUUGUGUUGACAUCUAAUUUGUAUCAGGAUCCACAUUAUGCAGGAAUGAUGACUUAUGGAACACAGACACAUCCAAAUUUACAUAGAAUGCCAUUACCCCUUCAAAUGGAAGAGGAGCCUGUUUAUGUAAAUGCAAAACAAUACCACGGGAUUCUAAGGAGAAGACAAUCAAGGGCCAAAGCAGAAAUGGAAAAAAAAGUGAUUAAAUCCAAAAAGCCUUAUCUUCAUGAAUCGCGACACCAACAUGCUAUGAGAAGGGCUCGGGGUUGUGGGGGCCGCUUUCUCAAUACAAAAAAGGUCAGUGAUGACAUGGACACAAAUUCUGUACACCAAAAGGAGCCAAAAUCAGGUUUAGUUGUAAGAUCUUCAGAUCAUCUGUCCACUAAUUUCCAUGGAAGUUCUUCAAUCUUUGAAGAUAUGCUUAAAAAAAACUCUUCAUCAAAUGACAACCAUGAUGAUCAUCAUGAGACCCGUAUUACAAAUGAGAAAAGGGAUGAACUAGAUGUUGUUUUCCCUGUGUGUGGGUGUUAACUGGCAAUUCAUUCUUGGCUUUGGUUACUUACUUGUGUUAUGGAAGGGUUAUUAAUGGUGAAGCGUUGAUAAUCUUUUGUGCAAUAUGGAGUUGUACUAUGUACGAAAAAGUUGUACAUUUUGGAAUCUCAAAACAAUGAUUUUUUUUUUUUAUUUUUUAUUUUUUUUAUUUUUUUUAAAUACUUGAAAGGUAUGGUUUGCGGAUGACCUCAUACACCAGCUGCUGAGUAUGUUUGGAACUGGUGAUUUCAUUUCUUUUGAACUGUAAUCGUGGACUUGCACUCAAGAAGCUCAUAAAUUCGUAUAAUUUCCCAACAAGGAUUCCAAUGGUCAGACUUAAAUGUCAUUCCAUUAUAGUCAUUAAGAUCAUAUAACAUAUAUCUUCAUUUAUUUACAAUAGAGA